CGGGCAAAACACAAACACAGGAGCUGCAAGCUGCAAGGAUUCAACGGGCACCGGGCACACACACACACACACCACCUGAUAAAACGGUCAUGGUGGCCUCCUCCAAACAUGGCUAACGCUGAACAUGAUGGUAUCGACGAAGAGCUAUUUCAGUACGCCAUUCAGCAGAGCCUCCAGGACACCUGUAGGCGGAACGGCGACGCCCACUCUAAGGGAAACAAGCCCCAAAAUGAAGACUUUCUGAAGAUAUUAUCCGCCAUUGAUCAAGGGGACGAGGAGGCUCUGGCCAGGCUGUCUGGCUGCGUCUGGGGGUUCAGGCAGAGGGACGACCAGGGGAAUCUUCCCCUGCACCGGGCAGCCUCCCAGCUCCGCCCCAGGGUCCUAGAGCUCGUCCUGCAAGGGAUGGCCUCCAGUGAGGAGAGCCUGGAGGAGCAGGCCGGCUGCGGUGGGACAGCCCUGACCCUGGCUGCACACGCCGGCCUGGGGCUCAACGUUGGCCUGCUGCUGCAGUACGGCGCAUCUCCGCACAGCACCAACAGCAGGAACGAGUCCCCGCUCGCGAUAGCGGUGAGACAGCGAUGCUACGACAUCGUGCUCUCUCUCAUCAUGGGCGGGGCGCUGGUGGAGUCCUGCACCGCCGUGCAUGAAGCUGCCAAGGUGGGCUGUCCGGCCAUCCUGAUGUUGUUGCUGAGACACGGGGGCAAGACAACGGGCACCGACGGCCACGGCGUCACGCCCAUGGGCGUGGCCGCCGAAUACGGCCACACCGAGGCCCUGGACAUACUGCUCCAGCACGGUGGCGAUGUUAAUGCUCAGGCCAGUAACGGAGACAGUGUCCUGUAUGAUGCGGCUGGAUCGGGGAACCUGGACUGCAUAGAGCUGCUCCUGCAGAACGGAGCUAACCCUAACAUAGCAAGCUAUGCCUGCCAGCUACCUAUACACAGAGCUGCUUAUGAAGGACACUUCUUAGCUCUGAGGUGCCUGGUCCCCAUCACCACAAAGAGGGCCAUCCGUCUGUCGGGUCAGAGCCCGGUGCACUCGGCGGCCGACGGGGGUCACCUCUUCUGCCUGGAGCUCCUCAUCCAGAGGGGAUUCGACGUCAACGCCCUGCUGGCCACCCACAUAUCCGAGAACUACGGGGACCUGCGGAGGAGCUCGCUGUACUUUGCCGUGUCCAACGGGGACCUGACCUGCACCGAGAUGCUGCUGAAGGCCGGGGCCCGCACCGACCUGGACUACCUGCGCUGCCUCCUGGUGGCCGUACGAGCAGAGAGGCAUGAGAUGGUGCGCCUGCUGCUGUCUCACGGCGCCGAGGUCAACUGCUACUUCCGGGUCAUCAACGACACGUCGUUCCCCACCGCCCUGCAGUAUUGCCUGAAGGACGCCGCCAUGCUGCGCCUGCUGCUCGACCACGGGUACCACGCCCACAAGUGUUUUGAGUGCAACCAUGACGACAGCGACGAAUUUGACAGCUCCUGGAUCAACGUUCAUAACCAGGCGUACGCAGCAUACCGUAAUGCCACUACUGUCACUUUCUGUGAGUUUGUGUCGGUGUCGUGGCUGGUUCACCUGGUGGGUGGUGUGGUCAGGAUGCUCCUGGACUACGUCAGCUACGUCCGCCUCUGCCCCAACCUCCAGACCAUCCUGGAGACCACGCCCGAGUGGCCAGAGAUCUGUGGCAUUCUGGAACAGCCAAGGCCUCUCCAACACCUCUGCCGAAUGGUCAUCAGAGGUCACAUGAGCCUCAGGACCCUCAACAACCCCGUUGCCAUGGCAAGCGUGCCCUUCCCCCCUCGGCUGAAGACCUACCUGACCUACACAGAGAGCACCUGACCAAUCAGCGAUCAUCAGAAUGUGUUUGUGGGUACUGAUGGUGGGGAUAUGUCAAAGGAACGAAUGACCGAAUGGAGCCUAUUAAUAGUUAGGAUUGAUAAUACAACUGCAUAACCUCCCUCUGGACAAACAAUAUAUGCCCUUCGUUCCGUAAGCCAAAGGGAAUAGAUUCUCUAAAGAUGUGACAUUCGAUGCAUCUCUUUUCAUUUUGGCCAUCUAUGAAUAUUUUGUCUCAAGCUGUGAAAAUGUGUUGCUGCAAAGUUUAGAGGCUGUUUAGCGCAGAUUCAUUUAUUUUGUUGGAUUUUAUGGGGGGGGGGGGGGGGGGAUAAUACCAAUAUCGUUCAUUGUUCUGUUGAUAAUAUCUAGAAUAAUGAUUACAAAGCUGUGAAUUUGAUAACCAUUGGAUGAAGGUGAUUCUGAUAGCACUUAUUUUUUAUUGUUAUUUUGUAAUGAAUAAAUGAUUAACAAAGGAAUAAGGAAUAAAUAUAUAAUAAAGAAACAACAUUGGUGUUUGGA